CAUGCUGACAGCAGGGGGCGACUGACUGACGGACUGACUGUGAUAGCCGGUCAAAGAGCGCCACCGCUUGCACACACACUCACACACACACACGCACGUAUAUAUCUCCCCACAUCAGGUCCCCUUGACUGUCUCCUUCACACACAGCGGGCUCUGCAGGCAGACACACAGCUGACUUUAAAAAAAAAAAACCGAGCUGGCCGCUGUCCUUACAGUACACGGGGUGAAAACAGGGAACCUUGCAAUGAUCUCGCUGGACUUCAAUUUCAACAUUUUGACAAGGGACCUGUCACAUUAUCUGGAAAAUCAAGUCAAAGUUGGGCUGUUCGGAUCGGGUGUAGGACUGUCUCUGGUGCUGGGCUUUAGCGCAGCGUACACCUGCUACUAUUUGGUGUCAGUAGCCAAGAAGCCACAGCUCAUCUCAGGGGGUAAGAAGUUUUACCAGUUUCUGAGGGAACAAUGCCCGGUGGUGUCAGAGACCUACUACCCCACCUUUUGGUGCUGGGAGAGCCGCAUCCAAACUCUGCUGAGACCAUUUGUCACAGCCAAACCUGGGGUCGUCUACAGAAAUGAGCUUAUUAAGGCAGCAGAUGGAGGACAGAUCUCUUUGGAUUGGUUUGACAACGACGACAGCUUCUCUCAUCCUGACCCUGCCACCAGGCCUACGGUCCUCCUCCUUCCCGGUCUGACCGGCACCAGCCGAGAGUCCUACAUUCUGCACAUGGUCCAACAGAGCCGGGAUCUGGGAUAUAGAUGCGUGGUCUUCAACAACAGAGGGGUUUCUGGUGAAAUGCUCCUGACCCCGAGGACCUACUGUGCAGCCAACACGGAGGAUCUGGAGACUGUUAUUGACCACAUCCAGAGGGCUAAUGAAGCUGCUCCAAUCAUGGCUGCUGGAGUAUCAAUGGGCGGGAUGAUGCUGGCCAACUACUUGGGGCGCAAGGGCCGGGAAACCUGUCUGAAAGGGGUCGUCGUCUUCUCAGCGGGCUGGGAUGUAUUUGAGUGCACCGCUUCACUGGAAAAACCCCUGGACCGUUUCCUCUUCAACUCCUACCUCACCAGUUGCCUACAAGCCUCUGUGCACAGACACAGACCGGUGCUUGAAAAGUGUUACGACAUCGAUCAUGUCAUGAAGGCAAAGACCAUUCGAGAGUUUGACGAGAGGUUCACCUCCAUAAUGUUUGGCUAUCCUACCAAUGAUGACUACUACCACGAUGCCAGUCCUGUCCACAGGCUGAAAUCUGUGCAGGUGCCAAUGCUGUGUCUGAACGCUGCUGACGACGUCUUUUCCCCUUCUCAUGCCAUUCCCGUGGAGGCGGUGAAGCAGAAUCCCAACCUGGCCCUGCUCAUCACCUGUCACGGCGGCCAUAUCGGUUUCCUCGAGGGCCUGUGGCCUCGACAGAGCACGUACAUGGACCGAGUCUUCAAGCAGUUUGCUAAGGCGGUCAUCGAGCAAGGCGGUGGACUCGCUGACCUCUCCUGAUAAGAGAACUUAACAAAGUGUUCCUCUAGUUUUAUUUCCUUACUUCCUUUCUGCUUUCCAUCCUUUAUUCCUUUCAUUUCUCAUUCCAUUCUUCCUUGUUUCUUUCCUAUCUGUGACCUUUUCCCCUCUUUCAUUAUUUCCCUUUAUCCCUCCUUUACAACAUUACAUCCAUCCCUCAUUCCUUCCCUCUAUACCUAAUCCUAUUCAGCCUAUUUCCUUCCUUCCACUGGCCUUCUUUUUAUCUUUGACCUCCAUCCGUCCGUCCCAUUCUUCCUCCCGCCACAAGCAAAAAAAAACAAACAUUCUUUCUCAUUUCAAAG